AUGGCUAUCAGGAAAUGGCUGUCCUGCGAAGAGGAACUCAUCCGCACCGUGUUCAUCAGCCCCACGGCCCGCGAGAUACUCCAGGACUCCAGCAAAGGGGCAUUGAAGCGUGUUGCGGGCCUCAUCACCACACGCUACAAAGAGGCUUUCAACAGACCUUUCGCGGCCGAAACCACCGCGGAGUUUGCAGUACGACAAGCUGCCGAAAAGCGGCCCCAUCGUCGACAUCUACUUGUCAAACGAGUGGCUGAGUCGGAGGCUGAGUGUGAUAGCCGUUUGGAAGGGGUUUCCACCCGCAUUUACAACUGGUGCAAAGCGCACAGCGAGAAUCGCAAGUCCACCCCUGUUGUAGUGGUGCAGCCGGUAAUCACAGGCGUCGUGAGGAACUACACCGCGCGCUCGUUGUUCAAGGCUGAUCACCCCAAACGCCCGGAGGCGGUGGCUGGAGAAUCCGUGGGACAGUGGUCGACGCGCGUCACCGUAGCAUUCGACACUCUCACGGGUGAGGAAGUCGCGGAGCUGGAGGAACAGGCAUUGCUGCUUAACUCGACACGCAAGGAGGCCGCUUCUGCGCCGCGCAGUGAAUACUUACGUGGCAAGAAAGCCAAGAACAUGCCCACGACAAUUAAAAAGACGAUGGAACAUUGGUAUGAGGAAACUGGAUGGGUGGGGAUGGUGAUGAUGGGGGGCAUCGGCAUCAAUGGUGAUAUCAACGCGCACGUCGAAUGCACUGGUGUGGAUGCCGAUUCAAAAAACUUUGAGCGGGCGUUCACGAGCAAAUCGGGAGUUUCAAGGCAGCGUUUGCAUAGUUUGUUUUGGGCAUUCCUGGAAAGCAUUUAUGAUCGGCUUCCAAGCGAAGGUGUGCGCUCUUCUAUUGCGGCGGGUUCAUCUGCGGCGGACGCGUCGAUUGCCGCAGCAUCACCUGAGGCGGACUCCUCGAAUGGCGCACUAUCGGUGGUCAACAGCUCAAUUGCCGUAGCGUCACCGGAGGGGGAGCACUCGAAUGGCACACCAUCCGAGGCGCACAGCUCGAUCGCCGCAGCGUCACCGGAGGGGGAGUCGGGAGAUUUUUGGCCAGGCGAGGUGGACGGCAGUGCUGCUGAAGUGAGGCCUUGGAUGGAGCCUGGCCCUGCACAGACGAGCGACUCAGUAGACGGCGCGAAGACGGUUGGGAUGGGUUCCCUGCCAGAGCCCCAUGGCCAAGUAAUCUCUGAGAUGGGAUUAAAGAUUUUGGCACAACGCUGUGUGGCCGCUCAAAAUGAAGACGGGCCCGGCUUGGUCGCCCACUCUAGUUUACCACACACACUUCCCGGGGUGCACGCUGCUGAUGAGAACGUGCAAGGCGAUGAUACGGCAUCAGAGUCGUCUGGAGGGUUGCACGACCCCAGCGUCGUCGGUGAGUUGGGAUCAGCAGUCACUCGAGGACAAGACACGAGCAUGCGCGAGCCGGCGCUGCGGGUCGAUGGAGAUGUGGGUCGUGGGCGUGGGCGUGGGCGUGGGCGUGGGCGUGGGCGUGGGCGUGGGCGUGGGCGUGGGCGUGGUCAGAUUGGCGGGCGUGUGGGGACGAUCAAUGCUGCUAGGGCGGAUGUCAGCAGUAUGGGGAUAGACACAUCGGACGAGGACGAAGGCGGGGGUGUGGAGAGUCAUGCGGGCGCACCUCGUGUGCGGGAGUUGAAGGACGACCACGCAGAGAUCGUCAACCAUCUAGCAGGCUGUUGGGCGAAGAUCCGUUGGGGAAGCGGUGGGGCGGGUAUUCGAAGGUGGAGGUGGAUUAAGGAGCCUGGAUGGAUUGGAGACCGAGCUGGUGCAAAGUCAAUGCGACUCCCAGGCGCAGUCGCGCUGUUCCCUCCGUCUCUCGCAGCCGAUACUCUGCUCGUCUCAAACAUGCGUGCCAGGAAGGAUCAAUGUCCCGUCGUCCCAACACCCCUGUUGAGUGUCGCAGGUGUCGGGAGGAACGCUGUGUGUUUCUGCGACUCGUCUUCAAACAAGUGUCGUAUUUGCGACGAUCUAUGGUACCCGCCUCAAGAUCUACCGCCUGCCGAGCAGGUUGCGCGCAUCGAAGAAAUUCGUGCAGAUGAUGAAAGGAUUUGCGGUGAUGGCAAGCUAGCAAAAGUCCUCCAGAGGACAUUCAAUAAAGAAGCGAAAAUUUCGGGACGCGGAGGCGCUCGAGAAAAGACCGUGGCGCAAUUCAGCCAGUCGCAAGGUACUACGAUGAGCGAAGGUACCGAGGGAGGAAGUAGCCCGGUGUGGGGUGGUCACACAUUGACGAGUCCGGCGCCGUCGAUGGAUGACUUCUUCGGGGAGGGAGCGGAGGAUUCACAGGACGAGGGAGGGGGGGUCUUGCACACAAACAACGGUCUCGACCGCUGGGUUCGAGUCGUUAUGUGGACAGCCGCUAAUGCUACGCCAGAAAUAGUGUUGUGCAAGGCUCCAUAUUCGUUCUUCAAAUUCACGGAGCACAGGCGCAUCAUGGCAGAAAUGGGUUUGCGUCGGGAUCAACGGUGGGACCGAUGGAAUGGAGAGGAGUGUAGGUGGGAGAUCUGUUUGAACAUUGACAAGGAGAUUUGGGUGAGGUUGGGUGCAGAGAUCCAGCGAUUGGCGGAUGGGAUCGAGGGAGCGAAGGUGGGCGAAGACAGUCUGGUUGUGGAGCACAAAAGUGUCGGUGUACAGGCAGGAGAGGUGGGUAAUAAGCGGGCUGGGAAAAAACGGGGGAUUGAGGAAGUGGAGGUUAUGGAAGGGUCGUCUGGAUUGUCGAUUGACGAGAAGGAAGUGGUCGCGGGACGGAAGGCACACGCAGCCGCAAAGGGCAAGCGCGCGAUCAAUGUCUAUCGUGCUAUAUCAGAGGCCCCAGUCGCUGAUGAACUUGUGACACCGCAUUUGAUUAUAGAAGACGGAAAAGAGAUUUAUGAUCUCACAUGGGAAUGGUGA